ACACUGGGGUAAAACCGUAUCUCGCCGUAACAGAAACAAAAGACAAAAUCAGAACUAUUACUAAGCAACUUUAUUUAUCAUUUUAGGAGGCGUAUCGUCGUAUAUUGGUUUGUUGGAAAACUGAAAUCUCUCAGUAUAUUCCAUUGCUUUCCCGUUCUAUUGAUAACCAUUUUCAAAUGAUGCCAUUUUCAAAAAUUCUUAUCAACCAGAGUUCCUUCAGUUCUGAAGUCAAGAAAUAUAGAAAGUGAAAGCAAGGACGAAAGUUAUACAGUUUUUAAUUUGGCGAAUAUGUUGAGACAAAAAGGACAUAUGGUUUCCAAUCUUGAGAGCUAAGUUAUGUGUGAAAAUAUGGAUAGAUGUUAUAAUGAAUGCGAUAAUCAACAUUUCUGAUGAAAUAAGCGUCAAAGAGAAGCAACGAGUCAUUUGACAAUUCCCAUCAUCCUGAGCGCCGACCGUGCAAGUGACGUCAUUUCUUGUUCUAGAAUAUAUUUCGUCGAGCAAGGUUAAGCAUCAAGAGUCGAAUCAGUGCAUCUAAAGAGGCUUUGGUUGCGAUUUCAAGUUUUGUGAAUUCAGGUUUUACCUUCGAAUAGUGUUACCGUACUAAAACAAGUGCAUACCUGGAAUAUAUUUGGAGUUGAUCCAGUUUUCUCAAAGAAUUUAGGAGAAUAUCCACAGAAAGUCAUGCCGCGACGUGGACGCAGCGCCUCUCCACCACCACGUGCAGCAACUUUGCCUGCUCGUGCAGCACCCCCUCCAGCACCAGUACACCAUCAUGCUCCCCCACAGACACCUAUGGUUGCUCAGCCGCAACAACCCUCUAUGUUUAAGCAAAUGGCAGCUACUGCAGGUGGUGUUGCUGUUGGCUCUGCAGUUGGUCACACUCUUGGACAUGCCAUGACAGGAAUGUUCAGUGGUGGAAGUGAUGCUCCAGCACAACCAGCUGGUGUGGCUCAGCCCCAGGCACAAAACUCAUAUGCAGGACAAGAACCAACAGGCCCCUGUUCUUGGGAAAUAAAGCAAUUUUUACAGUGUGCUCAAGGCCAGAGUGACCUCUCACUUUGUGAAGGUUUCAAUGAAGCUCUACGUCAGUGUAAAGUUAAUAACAGUUAGUAUCUUGUUUGUAAUCUAUGCAUAUAUUAUUAAAUAAUAUUAUUUCAACUUUUGUUUUUAUUACUGCCAAAACCAGUCAAAUGUAACAGUAAGGGUGGUUUGAUUGACUUGAAAUUUUGUAAAUUUUCUAUUAAUUUCUGAUAAUGAUGAUUGUCGGUGCUCUUUGAUUCAUAUCAAAAGGAACAGGAAAUUGCAGUCUUCAACACAUAGGUGACCGGGUAAUCAAAGUCCUGACUACCCAUUGGUAUUGGAAGUUUUUGGCACACCAGAGAAAGUUUACUGCACUGUUAAUAAUCAUUCAUGAUAAUUGAUCAAUACAUUGAAAAAAUUCAGUUCAUUGCUCCGAAUAGGAAUGAAACUGACAAAUGUCAUUCAUUAGGCUGGUGGAGUUUGAGGAGAUUCUGUGCAUUUAUUAAUAUUUUAAGUAUUAUAUGUAGAGAGAGAUCUGUUUAAACAGAAUUGGAGGAUGAAAUUUUGUAUUUCAAAGAGUAUACAUUGAGGAGAAAAAGAUGGUAACAAAUCAAAUAUGUUUAAGGCACUUUUAAACGUACCACAAAAUGCUAUGUUUCAAAUAAUGUAGCAUUCAACAGACAAAUAAGACUUAAAACACUUCCAUUAAAUGUUUCUGAAAAAAGUGAAAAUUGUGAAGCCUCUGUACCAUGAAAAAUGUUGGGGCUUGUCAUCAGUGUGUUAAGACCAGAAGAAAUUGUAAGAAAGUUUUUAGGGUUUAUCAUUGUUUACAUUAAUUUAAUAUAAACUAAGAAUAAUUUUGUUUAAACGAGUUCUGAUUAAUCAAUGUAAACUUUUGUUUCAGAUAUCCAACUUUGAAGCUUCGUAGAAACUUCGUCUUACUAAAAAGUUAAAAUGUAUGUAAAGACAUUAACUGAAAUAGUUCACAUGUACUAUCAAUUGUGUAGUGAACUCUGUAGAUAAAUGUUGAUAUUGUUAAUGUGAGCAUCAAAUGUGAUUGAUGCAACAUCAAAAUGUAUAUUCCUUAAAAUUGAGAAUACAAUUUUUUCCGAACUUCAUUUGUGUGUAAUAUUUACCUUCACUUGAAAUGAGAUCAAUUUAGUUGGAAGUCAAAGCUGAAACAUAACUUAAUGAUUCCUUAAAGAAUAUUAAGCUACUCCAAAUUCCUGUACUGUUCAUUACAAUUUUUGUGUUUAAUGAAAACUGGCUGAAGUUCAUAGAUAAUGAAUUUAAGAGGAAGACAAAAGAAAUUUAGGCAUUUGGUAUAUAUUCAGAGAAGACAGUAAAACGCGAGAGUGUGAUGUGACCUGUUUUUAGUAAAGGAAUUUGUAAAUAUUUUCCUUGGGAAGUAAAUGAACUGGUACAUUACAUACAAUAGUGUAUAUUUUACUACAUUAGUUGUUACAUUUGUUUUAUGUAAAAUAAAAAAAUAAAGUUCAAGAUUUUUUUUU